AGAUGAAAGGAGAAGGAGGAGGCAACAGCGGCAGCCAAACUUAAUAAAUAAUUCUGACGAUUCCUGAUAUCAAAUGGAGGCCCCUCAGUGGGACCCACUGAAAAAUGACACCCUUCCGCCGACCCUGACGCCAGCUGUCCCUCCGUAUGUGAAGUUGGGCCUGACCAUUGUAUAUACUGUUUUUUAUUCACUGCUUUUUGUGUUCAUCUAUGUCCAGCUCUGGCUGGUCCUUCACUACAGGCACAAGAGGUUCAGUUACCAAACUGUCUUUCUGUUUCUGUGCUUGUUUUGGGCCUCUCUUAGGACUGUGCUCUUUUCAUUUUAUUUCAAAGACUUUGUCACAGCAAAUUCUCUCAGUCCCUUCAUCUUCUGGCUUCUCUAUUGCUUCCCCGUCUGCCUCCAGUUUUUCACCCUGACCCUGAUGAACCUUUACUUCACACAGGUCAUUUUCAAGGCUAAGUCAAAAUAUUCCCCAGAGCUACUGAAAUACAGGUUGCCCCUCUACCUGGCUUCUCUUUUCAUAAGUGUCCUCUUCCUCUUGGUGAAUUUAACAUGUGCAGUAUUGGUGAGGACACAGAAUUCAGAGAGAAAAGUCAUUGUCUCUGUCCGGGUGGCAAUUAAUGACACGUUGUUUGUGCUGUGCGCUGUUUCACUCUCCAUCUGCCUGUAUAAGAUUUCCAAGAUGUCUUUAGCCAACAUUUACUUGGAGUCCAAGGGCUCAUCUGUCUGUCAAGUGACAAGUAUAGGAGUGACUGUUAUACUACUUUAUACCUCACGAGCCUGUUACAACUUGUUCAUCUUAUCAUUUUCCCAAACCAAGAAAGUCAAUUCUUUUGAUUAUGAUUGGUACAACGUAUCAGAUCAGGCAGAUCUGAAAUGUCAGUUGGGAGACGCAGGUUACAUAGUGUUCGGCGUGAUCCUUUUCGUAUGGGAGCUCUUGCCCACUUCCUUGGUUGUGUAUUUCUUCCGUGUCCGAAACCCUACAAAAGACCUAGCCAGCACAGGAAUGGUCCCCAGCCAUGGCUUCAGUCACAGAUCUUAUUUCUUUGACAACCCUCGCAGAUACGACAGUGAUGAUGAUCUAGCGUGGAAUAUUGCACCACAGGGGGCACAGGGCAGUUUCUCUCCAGACUACUAUGACUGGAGCCAUCAGAACAACAGCUUCAUGGCUUACAUAGGAUCCCUCCAACAAGAUCCAGCACUGGACACAGACCGGCCGAGCCCUAUAUAACUUCAAUCAACUACAGCGUUCUGGGACAUUCCAAUAUUAAAACAAACAUUCUGAAAAACAAAGCUUAGCCAUUUUUCUUCACCUUUUGGUUUUUAGAAUGCACAGAUCAAUGAAGAACUUGUCUUGCCAUGAGCUUUUUGUAGUUCAAGAAGUAUAAGCUAAUGAUUUAAACUUUGAAGACUUCUAAUUCAUACCUUGUUCUAAGCCACUGUAUUUUUGGCUUUGAAGAGAGUUAUUAGAGGGUAUAAUUUAAUCAUUUUGUGCUCAUUUUAAAAGAGCAAAUUCCAUGAAGUGAAACGGCAUAAUUAUUUUCUAAGUAUUUUUAUUUUUACACUGUGUAUUAGGUUAGAAAUACAUGAUUAUGAUGAAUAUACUGUAAAUAGAUGAACAGUUGUUCAAAUGCACGACAGUAACAAUCCUUACAUGCACAAAAGACUGUAAGGAAAAAACAUCAACCUAAUUAAAUACUGUUUUUUCAAGUUAUUGCUGCAAUCUCUGAGCACAAUUUACUCUGUGGCUCAUCAGUGCUUACUCAAUGUGGAAAGAUGGUCAGAGGCUAAAAGUCAUCUAUAAGUUAUGAUCUCAAAACACACUGCAUUCUUCUAAGAAGGCAAGAAAAUUGUAUCUUCUCAGGAGCUGUAGGGACAGUCACAGAAUGGUAGAAAGGGUCAUCUGCUCUGGCUGGAGCCUUGUGAACUGCAAAACAAGGUGAAAAUUUGUAAGUAAGUCUGAAAAAUUAAAGUUACAUGAUCAUCUCUGUCAACCAGUUCUAGGUGUAGUACGUGGAAGAAUAAGUCAAAUACCCAUCCAGGGAGAUGGAUACGUGUAACAGUACUUACUUAUUUAAUAAAAACCUAGGAAGUGCAGCUUGGGAAUAGAACAAGAGCCAGGAACACAUGAAGCAGAAAAUCCUCAAGUGGACAUAGAGGAUGCAUUCUGUAUAACUAGCAGAAGGUCAGCAAAGCCAUGCUUCAGCCUCGUGUGUUCAGGGAUAAAUUCAGUGGUUUGUGAUGGAAACAGUAGAUAAAUACCAUUCCAAUAUGUGACAUUUGCACACAAUUAAUUAGUACUACUCUACAGUGAGCAGGAACUCUAACUCUACUUCAGGUCUUUUUAUUGUGCCCAUUGCUGACUGGUACGCUCUACUGUGAAGAACUCUGCACCCCCAGCAUCUCUUUCUCCUUUCCCAUGUGAAACAAAUACUGUGAUCAAAACCACACUUCCCUGGGAGAAACACGUAUUUCUUAAGAGUAAUCUUCUCUAAAAGUAGUUCAUUUUGAGGCAUGCUACAGCAUCCCCAAAAUGGUGGACAGGCUUGAUGUUUUCCUCAUAUUCAAAAUCAGGAAGGACAAGAAAUAGAGAAUUCUCACAUAUGUUUCACAGAGGGU